GGGGAUGGAGGGGCGACGGGCAAGGCCGCUUUCACCCAACCGCCGCCUAACGGCGCCUCGCGAAUGGUUCGAGGAAAGCGGCUCUGCCCCGACCCGCCCCCCCCCCGCUGGCCGUGAGGCGAUGACGUCACUAAGCGCGACGCGAGCCGGGAAAGGCGCCCGAAGGAAUGGAGAUGUGUCUAACUGAUCCAGUUCCUACUUGCCUUUCCUCUACUGUGCACUAUAUGCUUUGUGAAGCUGGAUUUGAGAAAAAGGCAAACCAUGCUAAUAACAGUGUUGUAUCUGAUAGUGGGGAGAUAUAUUGGAGGACACUUACAGAACAUAUAUAUUAUGAAGAGCCAGAUCAGACUUUGGAGUAUGUAAAAAGUGUGAGAUCUGUAGGUCCAGUGUGUGAAUCUAUUCACUUGUACUUACAAUCCCUUAUCAAGGAGCAAUUUGAAGACCAGUUUGUGGUGUGGUUCCAGUGGACAAACUGCUCAGAGAUCUUUCUUGAAAUGUUUGACACCAUAAAGGGUCCAGAUGCUACAGCAGUUGCACUUAGCUUAAUGAAGCUUACAUCAUGUUUGGAACGAGCCUUGGGUAAUGUAUUCUUAUUAAUUGGCAAAGAUUGCCCUUUUCUCCUGAGAGACUUGGUUGCAUCUAAGGAACUAGCUACAGUGUUUGGGAGAUCAGUGAUGGAUGUUCUGAGAGUGUUUAUUGGAUCUCCAGAUGGUCUAAAUCUUCGUAAUAUUUUGUGGCAUGGAUUCGCAUCGCCUCAAGAAAUUCCUAUGAAAUAUUUAUCCGUGCUGCUUUUUCUAACAGCAGGCUUGGGGCAACUGUUAAAGAAUUAUCUUCUGCAAACUCAGUCUACUUUAAUUCAUCGGCCUUGUAUAUCUUUCACUAAUCUGGAAGAGCUACAUGUUUUUCCAGAUCUUAAUCAUAAAUUGCUGUUGUUGGCUGAAAAAAUAGUAAUCAAAUCAGAUAUUGUGUUAAGAACGAUGGUGCCUUUUUGGAUUAGUGCUGUAGCAUCCUUCCAACAAUCCAGAUAUGCAGACUGUGUUAUAUUGUUACUUCCUCAAUUGGAAACUGGACUUAGAUUGCUCUUCACAACAGUAAAUAAAUGCCCAAGCAGACUAAUGACAGCUGAGUCUUCUUCUCUGUACACUACAUUUGAUGAAAUGCUGGCAAAACAAUUGAAUAAUGAGGAAGCCAAUAAGCUUCCUUCACUUCUUGGUGAAUCAACAAUGGAAUUUCUCUGGGAUUUUUUGAACCAUCAAGAAGGUCCCCGUGUUAGAGACCAUCUGAGCCAUGGAGAGUGCGAUUUAAAUGACUUCCCAAGAGAAAUAGCGAAUUCAAUGCUUGCAUUUUCUCUCACACUUUUGUGCAGAUUUUCCAAGGAUGCUGAUGUUACAAUCAAGGAACACAUAGCCCUAACGUCACUGAUGGCCAGCGCAAAUUGCUAUUGCUCUCAGUUUCAUCCAAUACCCCGACUUAAAAAGCAGGUUCUGAAUUGUAUAAAAAGCAUUAAUUCCUGGUCUGAUCUUCCACCAUUGCCUGAAGAGUAUGUUCAUGAAACUGCAGGAUCAGGAAAAGAGGACGACACUCCUUGUCUUUGUGUGAUUGCUGAUAUUUUCUCUCAACUUCAACCCUACUUGCCUCAGGAUCUCAAGCUUUUAGGCACUUCCAUAAACAAUCUGCUGACAGAGAAAUUACUAACUGAACUCUGCAGCAAGCACCUUCAUAUCCUCUUCUGCCCACGGUCAGUUCUGGAAACUGUUGUUGUGCUUCAUCACAUAAGUACCCAAUGUCAUCAAGUAUCAUGUCAAGUCAUUUCUACUUGUCAGACCAGGCAUCACCAGUGGACAAACAAGUCACUGCGAUCUCGUCAGAGGCGUAACUAUACACGCAUGAGAAGGAGUAUGGCAUUUCUUUCCCUGGUCCUGCAAUUAAUCUUAAUCAUGAUCAUGCUGGAGCUAAUCAGUAUUCAUACUGUCUGUGAAAAGAACGCUUCUGAAUAUCAGCAGUACCUAAAGUUUCUAAAGUUGAUUUUGCAGUAUACUGAGAACCUGACGACUUAUACAAGCCAAGAAAAGAAUAAAUGGGAUGAAACUGCGCAGCUUACCCAAAAAGCAUUGCUAAAAAUGAGAACUUUCUUAGGAAAACAGCUAAUGCUUGUGCACCUGGCACAUCAAAGAACAUGAUCCUGAACACAUCUGUGUAGUUUUAUGUUCAAUGGAGGUUGCUGCUUGCUUUCUUUUUUGUCUUUUUAAAGUGCAUUCCUUGAUAGAGACUAUCCAAAUGUAUGUGUGUGUAAAUUGUUCGAUCAAUAGCACUGCAACGGUUUGUUUCCUUUCUUUUGGGAUAAAGAAUCAUCUUUUCUGGGUGAAAAUGUAGCACAUUCAGCUGUGCAGCUGAUACAUUUGUUUUGUCCAGAUAAUUGUUUUUGUUGAUGAAGUGUUCAUUUGAUGUAUUUGGGAGUGUACAAUAUAUUUAGAUGAAUGUGCAAAAACAUACUGAACUGGGAGUACAUAUUUGUUUGAUCUGAAGGUGACUAGGGGGCAGAGCAAAUAGCACUGUUCACCACAAGGUGGAGCAACACGCCAGCAAAUCUUUACUCCAUUUGGCAUUUGUAGUGUUAAACAAGUGGCAACUGCUUUAUACUGAGAAAAGAGAAAAUCACAGCGAAUAGACAGUAUAUACUGAGUUCUUUGCACCAAAGGAGAAGGAGGGUGGAAUUUCCCAAUAAACCUCAACCACAGAGGCUCUAGGACAAUAGUUCCCAACCUUGGGUCUUCAGAUGUUCUUGGA